AUGAAGCUCAGCUCGUGACUUACUGUAUGUUUGUAGUGAUAUCUUUUUCUGUAGGGGUAGAGUCCAACACCCCGACUCCUGGCACACAUGACAGUCCUGGGCUCACAGAUACAUCCAUGACCCCAGGAGAUAGAUCCACCGCCCCAGUCUCCACUGAACCCAGCUCCACCACCACAGACAGAGCCACCACCACAGACAGAGCCAUCACCACAGACAGAGCCACCACCACAGACAGAGCCAUCACCACCCAGGACCCCUCAACUGUCCUCCCUAGCACUGAUGGAACCUCACCCACAACAGCAGCCAUCUCUAAAACUGAAGAGGUCUCUACUACAACAGACCUGACCUCAGCUUCUGAUACGACGGAGUCUACGAGAGCAGACGGCACCACUGCGACAGAAACCAGAACUAUCUCGUCGAUCAGCACAGCAGAGAUGACUUCCUCCCACAAGACCACGGCGUACACUGUCACGUACCCUGAGUCGACGGAAAAAGACAGUCCGUCUACAGACAGUGGCAUGACAACACCCACCACCACACCUGCCCUUAGCAGAGAUGUCUCUCCGUCUACCACGGAACAUACCGGAACCUCCUCCUCUGCCACCACUGAGACAGGCCGUACCUCAGCUGAUGUCCUCACAGAGUCAAACACAACUCCAGACAGUAUCCCAACCAGCAGUACCAAAGAGCCAGGUACACAUGAAACAACAGCCAUCAAUACAGCUACCACAGAUACAGGUACCAAAGAGCCAGGUACCAAAGAGCCAGGCACACAUGAAAAUAACAGUCCAAUCAAUACAGCUACCACAGAUACAGUACCCAAGCAGCCAGGUUACAAAGAGCCAGGCACACAUGAAACAAACCGCCAUCAAUAA